GGCAGUUCACGGGGAACUAUUUCCGGUCGGACCAAAUAAGCAGAAGUUGUGUACCUCGUUUGCGGAGGUCAAGUUGAAUUGAUUCUGCUAACCAGGGGAAAUUCAGGACAAACGCUGACCGCUGUGUAUCAGUGAGUUGUUGUACAGAAGCUGCUGCCCAUCACGCAGUCAUGGUGAAGAAGAAGCAGCUUCGCCCCAUUGCAGAAAUGGCUCGGAAGAUCCGGGCGUACCGGGAGCUGAAGUCCCGGCCCCGGGAGUCCCAGAAGUACGCCCUGGACUAUGACACGAUGAAGCGGCCUCUCACUGGGAAGAUGCUGCCUGUGAUGGCCUGGCAGGAUGUCCGCAGGGAGAGUCGCCUCUUCUCCCUGCUGGCAGGCAUGAGGAUGUUCGGAGUGGGGCGUCUCUUUACCCGCAAGUCCUGGCUGGAGGACCACAAGGAGCCCAGCUACUGGCAGAUCACCAAGAUCAAGGUGGACUACACAUCUGAGAACAUGGAUCAUGGCAAAGCAUGGGGGAUCCUCACCUACAAAGGAAAAAAGGAGAGCGAGGUCAAAGAGGUGGACAAGGUGAUGUACCACGACUGGCGCCUGAUUCCCAAACACUUAGAGCAGCAGUUUAAGGAAUUUGAGCCGCUCCCUGAGCCACCUGUGCGCCACGUCCCCUACCCUCCCCUACUCCGUGCCAUGCUGCUGGCCCAGCACAAGAAAGCAGUAGGCAGCGUUGCGGUUGAGGAGCUGACCUUACCUUUACAGAGGGACGUUGUGCUUAACAAAGACUAUUUCCGCAAGCAGGAACAAGAGAGACAGAGGACAGAGGGGACAGCGGUGUGAUACUUGUGGUUCUGAAGAUGGAAGUCUUGGACAUUUUGAAGCAAAUCAGUGCUGACAGAAGUCAUAACUUCAUGGACACAAAUGAGUUCUCUGCUAUUGUCAUCUGACACAAGCCUCUCUGUGUGUAAUAUGUAUCUGUGUAGUGUGGUAAAUAUUAAAUUUAAGAUAAAAUGUA